AUGCCAGUUUUACGUUAUAUGGGAUUAUCACAUAGAUCACGAUCUACAUUUAAUUCAUCGACAUCAUCGUACGUGAAUAACCAGAAAACAUCAUGUGCAUUGAUCAUCAUAUUUGGCCUUAUUAUCAUUGACAUAUUGCUGUAUGUGGCACCGGGAUCCAUGCAGCCGCGUGCCACCUAUUUUGCCUACAUGUUUACCAUUAUUCUGGUAAUAAUGAUAAUGAAAUUUGUGUUUUGCCGAAACUGUACAAAAAAGUAUGAAAAUGACGAACAACCCAUUGAGUUGGGCGGCGGUGCCGGCGGACAGACACCGCAAUCGCAGAGCCGACAGAGCAGUGUUUACAAUAUAGAUAUACCGAUUAGUAUGGAUCCGUACGGCCGAAGGCAUACACUUACUGCCGACCGGCUAUCGGUUAGAUGUCCGUCGCAAAUGUCGUUACCGCCGAAAUACGAGACGUUAUUACCGCCGAGUUAUUCGCAGGCAGUUUCGCUAAUGACGUUAAAUAAAUGA